GCAGCCUAUGAAGCCGCUGAAGGCCACGGCCACUACGUCGCAGCCUGUCCUUACACUCCAGCAGAUCGAGACGAUUUUCUACAAGAUCCAGGACAUCUACGAGAUCCACAAGGAGUUCUAUGACAGCCUGUGCCCAAAGGUGCAGCAGUGGGACAGCAACGUCACCAUGGGCCACCUCUUCCAGAAGCUGGCCAGCCAGCUGGGGGUCUACAAGGCCUUUGUGGAUAACUACAAAAUCGCGCUGGAGACUGCGGAGAAGUGCAGCCAGAGCAACUACCAGUUCCAGAAGAUCUCAGAGGUAAGCUGGGACGGGGCCGUGCCGGGGGGACG